CCCCAACCACACCGCCCCUGUCCCUAAGGGGCCCCGGCCGCAGUUUCUCCGGCAGCUGCACGCUCAGUCCCCCUUCGGGCUCACCUCCACGCAUGUGUGCGUUCCUGGGCCGGGCGGGGCAAGACCGUGGGUGGCCCCGCCCCCUCGGUGUCCAGCCCUCCUCCUGUCCGCGCUUUAGUCUCGGGCGGGUAAGAACCUAGUUUCCCCAGGGACUCCACUCUGUCUUCCCGGCCGGCCCAAGGCCUGGAGGCCCCGUCCCGCCCGGCUGAGCAGAUCCUGGGACCCGCGGAGGGUCGGCCCCCACAGGUCAGGAGCGGGCUGGGGACAGAGCUUCGGGUCUUUCUGGACGGAGGGAGCCGAGGCUGCCUCUCUGCCCCCAACUUCCAGACCCGAAAUCCUGUGCGGUUGUGGUGCCAGCUUCUGGGUUGGAUUGCCUGUGGGAAGACGGGGUAGUGUGGGCGUGUAGGGUGUUGCUGUGUGUGCGUGUGUGCAUAUUCUGUGGGCCUUGAGAUGGGUGCGUGUGGGAGUUGGUAGAGGCUCCAAUCCCACAGCUCGGGGUGGGUCGGACACAAGGCCUGGCUGUCUCCGCGAGCGUUAGUCACAAGCUCACACGCCAACCCGGAUCCAGAAAGGGCCCCUUAUGUGGUAAGUGACACAAAUGUACAUACACAUCCUUCAGGUGGCAAGGGUCACCACAGCCUCUGUGCCAGACCCACUUGCCGACUGUGUGCUUUGCCAUACACAUGGGCCUCUGGCCUUGUGGAGGGAAGUGAGUUUGGAGUGCCUGGGUUGGACCAGGUUGGAUGUGGAUGUGGGGGAAUUGGAGGACCUUCCCCCAGGUCUCAUCUCUAUCCCUUUUCCAGGCAAAAUCCCCUCCUCUGCCCAGACCAGGGUCUCUUCCCCAGGCCUCUGGAGGUAGGUCCCAGCAGGAUCAGCCUUCCCCUUCUGGACUCAGAGAAGUCUCCCAGCUCCUUUUUCUGAGUGCUGCCCAUGACAUUCCAACCCCUUCUCUAAGAGAUGCAGCCACUGGGAGCACUGCUAGCUGGCAGAACCAUGCUUCACAACUCCAGCCACAGGGAAGGCAUGGUCCAUAUAAGACCCGGAGGGAGCAGGACAGGGACAGGGAAGGGGUGGGGGCAGGGGGAGCCCUGGCCCCCGGUACCUCCUCCCCAUUCCUCCCUGAGCCUCCAGGGGCCUCGGGCAGCAAUAUUCCUGUUUACUGUGCCCUCCUGGCCUCCGUGGUCCUCGGUCUGCUUGCCUACGUAGCCUUCAAGUGCUGGUGCUCACGUAAACAAAGACAGCAGCUGGCCAAAGCUCAGACUGCAGAGCUGGGGGCCUUCAACAGGGACCAGAUGCAUGGGGAUAGCAGUGUCUUCCGGGACUCUCCUAGCAGCCUGGAGCCCUGUGUCCCCAGCCAGGGGCCACAUCCUGAACUUGGCUGCCGGCUUUACCUCCAUCUCCCUCGGCAGCAGCAGGAGGAAGUGGAACAGCUCCUGGAGGCGUCGGGUGAACCUGACAAAGGCUGGCGGGGCCUGGCGGGCCACCUGGGCUAUCAGGCUGAGGCAGUGGAGACCAUGGCUCAGAGCCAGGUGCCAGCCUACACCCUGCUGAGGUACUGGGCUGUCCAAGAAGGCAGCGGUGCCACCCUCAAGGUGCUAGCAGAUGCGCUGGCUGUCCUGGGCCGUGAAGAUGUGGUCCGGGCCCUGGGCCCACUGGCUGAGGACUGCUCCGUGGUGUGACGCUCCACAGCCUAGCCUCUCAGGGAACCUGCUCUGGUGCUCCCACCACCCCCAGCUCAUACACCUUCCCUUUCACGGGCUUCCUGGCAUUGGUGACCUCGGCCUGCUGUUCUGGGGGGACAGGGAAGAUCCAGGCACCACUCACCUCCCCUCGCCCUACAUUCCUCCAGGACAGGGACCAGGAUAUCGCGGGGAGGGGUUGAUAGUGAGGAGCAGUCCUGCCCUCCUGAUCCCCACUCCACCUCCCCUUACUUAGCCUCAACUGUUUUUUCUACUUUUGUAUCCCAUAUUAAAGGCAACUUUGGACUAUU